AUGAGUCAGCUAACAGGCGUCGGUAUUGUUAACUUCGUCAACGUGCUGCCCACAAUAUCUGAAGGCGUGACAAUGAGAGAAAAACGCGGAGGUGCCAUGAGCAAAAUGCAGAAGCUCAGAAAAAGAUUGUCCCUGAGCUUUGGUAGAUUGUCAACGAAAGACGAAUCAGAAGUUGAUAUCGAGUGUCGUGGAAGGCAGAACGGCGGUGGUGGUGCUCGCGGUAAACUACCUUACAAUGGUUACUCAGAAGAAUGUUUAGAUAGACUUGAACCGAAUGGAAAUAUACCAAACGAUAAGGAUUCCCAUUAUGAUUGGAGUGGCGGUGGUAACGGUGAGUAUCGUGUUCGGAGACAGCUGUCUGUGUCAUCUGAUUCCAAGCUGUUAGACGAGGGGGCCCGGGAGGACGCGAGGGUAGUCAUGAGGCCUAAGCGGCCGCCGAGGCCCAAGUCCGAGGCCUUCCUGGGACCACAUGAGAAUUCCAAUCGACGUACCAAGCGGUUUAGUGCCUUCGGGGGUGAUUCUCCUUUUGGGAAGUCUGAGGCGUAUAUAAAACUGGAGCAACUGGGUGAGGGGUCUUACGCUACAGUCUAUAAAGGAUAUAGCAAUUUAACACAACAAGUUGUGGCCUUGAAGGAGAUCAGGCUUCAAGAAGAAGAAGGUGCUCCAUUCACUGCGAUACGCGAGGCAUCCUUACUCAAAGAAUUGAAACACGCUAACAUAGUCACGUUACACGACAUUGUACACACAAGAGAGACAUUGACGUUUGUGUUCGAAUUUGUGGACACAGAUCUAUCUCAAUAUAUGGAGCGACACCCCGGUGGAUUAAACAGGCACAAUGUGAGAUUAUUUAUGUAUCAAUUACUAAGAGGACUAGCGUACUGCCAUCGAAGAAGAGUACUGCACAGAGACGUGAAGCCCCAGAAUCUUCUGAUCAGUUCGAGCGGUGAACUCAAGUUGGCUGACUUCGGUUUGGCUCGAGCCAAGUCCGUACCGAGUCACACGUACUCACACGAAGUAGUCACACUAUGGUAUAGACCACCAGACGUAUUACUGGGUAGUACUGAGUACUCCACGUCGUUGGACAUGUGGGGUGUGGGAUGCAUCUUCGUGGAGAUGCUGUGCGGAGUACCGACCUUCCCUGGAGUAAGAGACACUAACGACCAGCUCGACAAAAUAUUCAAGGUCAUCGGCACUCCAACGGAAGAGUCAUGGUCAGGAGUGACUCGUCUCCCCGGGCUGUCUGCACACGUGUCCAGAUGGGGAGCUGUUCCAUCUCGACCGCUGGCUGCCUCGUUUCCUCGUCUGCGGGACGCCGGUCGUGACGCUCAGCGACUGGCAGCGGCCUUACUACAGCCGGACCCAGCUCGAAGACUACCAGCACACCGCGCGCUCGCUCAUGAUUACUUCAAUUGUCUACCAGCGAGACUUGCUAGUCUACCAGACGAGGUGUCAAUCUUCACAGUGGAGGGAGUCUGCCUUCAUCCCGAGGACUAG